UUGCUAACACAAAAUUUUCAAUGACAACAUUCAUCAAAGUUCUUUGUUUAGUGCUUUGUCUUGCUCUUAUGUAUGAAGGCAUAGAGAGUUCAAUGUGCAAUCCUGGUAUUGAAAUUAGCCAAGCAAAAUUAGGAAUGAGUCAAGGACAACAAGUAUGGAAUGCAACUCUCUCAAAUACAUGUACAUGUACUCUACUUCAAGUGAAAUUGAGCAUUCCCAAUUUCGAUUCUGUCACUAAAAUUAACACUACUAUCGUCUCCAAGUCGCACAAUGAUAUCUACGACGUUAAUGGUGGUCUUCCAAUUUAUGCACAAACAAGUGUAUUUUUUAUUUAUGCUGGAAAUAAUCUCGAUGUAACACUAACUGACCUUACGGAGGCUUGUUCAUGA